CGUGCCGAAGGCGGACCCUGCAAUCUACAUGUGCACAUAGAGGAGAGAUUUAUUUAUUUAAUUUAUAUAUUUAUUGGAAAUUUAUUUAAAUUAUUUAUUUGGAAGAUUGUUGAUUGUGUGACUAAUUCCCUGGAGAAAGGAAUUUUCCUUGGAAGGAUUUUUUUUUUUAAAUGAUGAUGAUGUGAACCAGAGAACAAAAUAUUAGCAGCAGAGCAAUUUUAUUUUGCAAUUCAUUCUAUCUAUCUAUCUGUCUGUCUAUCUAUCUAUCUCUCUGUCUAUCCUGAUACACAUCCAUCAGUCUAUCUAUCCAUCCAUCCUUUGAAAAGAUGAUGCUCAAUUCAGACCAGACGGAAAUCGACAUGCCCCCGUCUCACUCAGAGACAGAGUCAGUUUUUAGUGACUGUGGUGGGGGCGGUGGCCGUGGGGCCGGAGUGGAGGAGGCCGGCAGCAUCGGCUUGUGUGCCCAGUCCCGACUAGCUGAACCGGGGGAGGCUCUGAAAAAGGACCUACAGCACUUGAGCCGAGAGGAACGUCGGCGGCGGCGGCGUGCCACGGCUAAGUACCGGACAGCCCACGCCACGCGGGAGCGCAUCCGCGUCGAGGCUUUCAACAUGGCCUUCGCUGAGCUGCGCAAGCUGCUGCCUACCCUGCCCCCUGACAAGAAGCUCUCCAAGAUCGAGAUCCUCAGGCUGGCCAUCUGCUACAUCUCCUACCUGAACCACGUGCUGGACGUCUGAGCCACCGAGCACGCGUCCGUCUGUCCAUCUGUCUGCUACAUCUACCUGAACCACAUGCUGGACAUCUGAACCACCGAGCCCAUGUCAGUCUGUCCGUCUGUCUGCUACAUCUCCUACCUGAACUACGUGCUGGACAUCUGAGCCACCGAGCCCACGUCCGUCUGUCCAUCUGUCUGCUACAUCUCCUGCCUGAACCACGUGCUGGACAUCUGAGCACCAUGCACACGUCCAUCCGUCUGUCUGCUGCAUCUCCUACCUGGAUGUCUGAGCCAACGAUUGUCCAUCUGUCUGUCCAUAUUUCUCUACAGAUCCUGCCAAACAUGUGAGCCACCAAGCUCAUCUCUGUCUGUCUGUCUGUCCAUGCGUUUACCAUAUAUCCUACCUGACUACUUCCUGGAGUCUGAGCAACCGAGCCUAUGUCCAUCUGUCUUUGUUUCUGCUACAUCUCCUACUGGGCAUCUGAGCCACCAAACCUACAUCCAUCCGUCUGUCUAGCUGCUACCUGAACCACAUGCAGGACAUCUUGAGCCUUCGAGCCCAUGUCUGUCCACCCCUCCAUCUGUCUGUCUGCUCCAUCUCUUACUGGAACCCCAAGCUGGACCUCCAAGCCGCAGCAGCACCAACAGUCCUGGGAUCUAGCCCAUGUGUCUCUCUGCUCUUUCUUCUACCUGAGCCAUGGCCUGGAUUGGUGAAGUGCCAACAGCAGGAACCUUCCAGGCCUUUUGUCUGUUGGCUGCAUCUCUCCCUGCUGGCACCAUGCACUGGGCUCCCAAAAGGCCCUGUCUCGAGGGGCUGCUGCGCCAUCUGAGCCUGACGCCCCCGGGCAACCCCCGGAUCUAGGCAGACAAGGAAGAGAGCUUGACCCCCUGUGAUCUCCAGCAUUCCUUGCACAGCCGCAGGGCUCCUGGCUUUUCCUGCCCUGAAAAGAAACACCAAACAUGUUGCAAAAAUGGAAGACAUGGGGCAGCCCCCAGCCCUAGCCCCACAAAGAUGGGAAAGCAGCAGCUUUCCUGCAGGGUCCAGAACCUAAUGAAGGGUGGAAGGUUCCCAUAGAUGGAUGGGAAAGAGGGCAUUUCCUUGCUUAGAUCGACUCCAGAAGACAUAAACCUUGUCCUCUGUCAUGACUCCAUCCCUUUUCCAAUAAGGGCAAGGGAAAACUGGCUGUGAGUCUCUCCCUGGGGGGAAUUUCAGUGCCCCACAGGGUGAGAACUGCCACCAAGACUGGAACUCGAGCUCCCGAGCCAGUUCCCAAUUCAGCAUCCCAAAGGUCAGAGUUUGCUCCCGUUGCAGUUAAUAGGCACCAAUCUCCAUUGUCCUGCUGUUGUUUAUAGUGGUGCAAAGUGAGUGUGAAUGGUGCCCAUCCUGACUCAGGAGUGUUUUGCACCUGCUUUGCACCAGUAUAGGUGACUGGACAAGGUGGACAACAGGCAGUCAAGCCCAGUGAGUGUUUGAUGGCAGCAGACUCUGGUCUCUAAGGCUGUUCCAUGUCUCCUAGUAAGAGGGGUCAGACUGGGGGAAAUGUGGUGACUCUCCACUUAAGCUCCAGAUACCAUCCCAGACUACACUGACAACCUCAGAUGACUGGAUUUACCUGCUGUAAUGAUCAGUGCACAGUGAAUAAGUAAGACUGACCUCUACCUUCCCAUCAUUAGCCUCCAGAGUGAACAUCUUGUUGCAAUGAAUGAGUAGUUAAUUCACACCUCUCUUAGGGUUUCAGGCCUUGACUCUCCUUGGCAAUGCACCUUGUGUUGUCAUUAACCUCCAUGCAAAGCAAGUGUCAGGCCUUGCCUUCACUGGGCUUCCAGUCACUGGUUUUAACCCCUUAGUGGGACACAAUUUACCCCAACAGAGCACAGUUUUCACCAGUGCAGGUUAUCCGGUGCCUCCCUGGUGUAAGCUAUGAUCUGCGAUGGGUUUGCACUGAGGCAGCUGCACCUUAGAGGGAUCUCUGCACCCAGUUUGCACUGGUGCAAAUGACGGCCACAGGGCUAAAUGAAUGGGAACUGGGUGACCAAUCCCCCCAGGCCAUUGACCUAUGGGGUGCAUGUCUUCUCAUGCUCCCUGGUGUAAAUCAGGCACAGAGAGGCAGGCGCUGUAGCCCCAAGUGAAGGCAUCUGCAGACAGUGCGGGAUUCCAGCCCCCAGCGAAUCUGUUGCACAGAGCAGGAGCAGGAUCUCUCUCUAAUCCCCUUCUGGGAGUCCUGGCCCCAGCCCUGGGGGUCAGGCGGUGCCCAGCUCAGCAAAUCUGUCCCCCUUUCCAAUGGCAAAGCCAAGCCAUGCUUACUGUCGGAGAAAGAGAAUCUGAUUGGUAGACAUUAGAACCAAAGAUAAAUGGUGUCUGGCCAAUCCAAUCGCUGCAUGAGCGAACUGUGAACAAAACACAGGGCCUGUGGCCAAUCGAAAACGAGCUGGCGCAGACAAGUAAACAAGCAUAAACUUUAUGGGUCUGAGCCUGCAAAAAUCCACCUAUUGGCUUCAAUGGGAUCGUUCCUGUGGCUAAGGCUCAGCAGGGUCAGAACAUCUAUUUAUCAUUUAUCCCCACACACAUCUCUCCAUCCCCAUACACACCCAUCUAUCUAUC